AUGUCUUCUCUUCGAAACCUCAUAACCCGCCUCUUCUCAUCCCAAAGAGAAGCCUAUACUGUAUCUAUACUAGGGCUCGACUACUCUGGUAAAACCACGCUUCUCUACAAACUCAAACUUGGAGAAGUUGUGCAAACCAUUCCUUCAAUCGGGUUCACUGUCGAAGAAGUCGAUGUUUCCAGCGCAGCCGGUGGUGGAGAGGGGCUCCGUAUGGUUUGCUGGGAUAUGGGAGCAGGAUGUGGUGGGUUCACGCACAUGAAGAAGCUUAUAUCAAUGUGCAUCGAAAAGACGAACGCGAUCGUGUGGAUGGUGGAUUCCAGUGAUCGAACACGUUUAGAAGAAAGUGUCGAGAUCUUGAAAGAAAUCCUCGGUUUAACCAACUUCGUCAAUGGCCAAGUUCCCAUUCUAGUCCUAGCUAACAAACAAGAUAUGGCAGACUCAAUGUCAUUGGAUGAAAUUCGGAAGGCAUUUGCCCGCCCUCUGGCCGGCUAUACAUUCAACGUCUUUCGUUGCUCCUGCUUACAAGAAUUACCCAAGAGUGGCAUUCCCGAAGCGUUCUACUGGCUUCGCCUCGUCUUACAGCUGUCUCCAACAUCCGGCAACGUGACAAAAGAACCCUUGGUUCCUACUUCAGGGCACGUAGAUUUACAGAAUGGCGGACUGGCUGAGAAGCUAGACACUUGGGUUACUCGCGCGUCAAGUGACGUCCCCGCAAACGAGUAUUUAUCGUUGUUCGAGGCCGUCAACCUCCCAUCGUGGGACCACUACGCUCAUGUCCGCAUCGCGUACAUCAUCUUGACCAAAUUUGGCCGCCAGAAAGGAAAGGACCUCAUCUUCAAUGGGAUUGAACGUUAUAUAAAAGAAAGUGGCCAGGCAGGCGGGCGAACGUUCCACCUCACCAUGACCUACCUCUGGAUACAGCUGGUCCAUUUCGGAAUCCAGAAUACAACCGCCUCGCUUCCCUCGUCGGCGCCCCCUUCAGACGAAUCCCCGAAUCCACUUCCUCCCUCGGCGGACAACUUUGCUCGCUUCUUGCUUCUCAACUCGUACGUCGUCGAUGGCAACAUAUGGUCGAACUACUACUCCAAGGACGUUAUCAUGACACCUGCGGCUAAAGCCGGCCUCGUGCUCCCUGACAAGAAGCCUCUUCCUAGCAUCUUGUCCCGAGAUGCCGUAUAG